CAUCAACAUCUUUGGUUUUUUUAUUAUAUAAAAUAAAAUAAAACAAAGGGAAUUAAACAUAGACAUUUAACACCCACCACCAUCUUCUUCUUCUUAAGUUGACUAUGGCGAUGGCGAAUUUGUUCAGGAGAAAGGCGACGAGAGAUGUGUUGAGGUAUUCGUUGUACAGAGGAUUCGCCUCGGAAUCUGAGGUAAACGACGUCGUUGUAAUCGGAGGAGGCCCCGGUGGAUACGUUGCGGCGAUCAAGGCUGCUCAGCUGGGCCUCAAAACCACCUGUAUUGAGAAACGUGGCGCCCUUGGUGGUACUUGCCUCAACGUCGGCUGCAUCCCUUCCAAGGCACUUCUUCAUUCUUCUCACUUGUACCACGAAGCCAAAACUAAGUUUGCAAACCAUGGCGUAAAGUGUAGUGAUGUUCAAGUAGAUCUCCCUGCCAUGAUGGCCCAGAAGGACAAAGCCGUAUUCAACCUGACAAAAGGUGUCGAAGCCCUUUUCAAGAAGAACAAAGUUAACUAUGUCAAAGGCGCCGCCACCUUCCUGUCGCCUUCCCAGAUCUCUGUUGAAGAAGAAGAAGAACAAGGGGAGAAGAAGACUGUUGUUGGCAAAAACAUUAUAAUUGCAACCGGUUCUGAUGUCAAAGGGCUACCCGGGAUAACCAUCGAUGAGAAGCGGAUCGUGUCGUCCACAGGUGCUCUGGCUUUAACACAAAUACCCAACAAGCUUAUAGUUAUUGGAGCUGGUUAUAUAGGGUUGGAGAUGGGCUCUGUGUGGGCCCGCCUUGGUUCGGAAGUUACUGUUGUCGAGUUUGCUCCGGUAAUUGUCCCUACGAUGGAUGGUGAGAUCCGGAGGCAGUUUCAACGCUCUUUGGAGAAGCAGAAGAUGAAAUUCAUGCUUAAUACUAAAGUGAUGGGUGUUGACACUAGUAGCAGUGAUGUGGUCAAGUUGACCCUUGAGCCUUCAGCGGGUGGUGGUGAUCAGACGGUGCUGGAAGCGGAUGUGGUUCUUGUUUCUGCUGGGAGAACUCCGUAUACAGCUGGACUAGGGUUGGAGAACAUAGGAGUGGAAACUGACAAGAUAGGGCGAAUCCCUGUGGACAGAAAGUUUUCUACGAAUGUGAAAGGGGUUUACGCGAUUGGGGAUGUUAUUCCUGGGCCUAUGCUGGCUCACAGGGCAGAGGAUGAUGGUAUUGCAGUGGCUGAGUUCAUUGCUGGAAAGGAAGGGCACGUGGAUUAUGACAAGGUUCCAGGCGUUGUGUACACGCAUCCUGAGGUGGCGUCUGUGGGGAAGACGGAGGAGCAGGUGAAGGAGUCGGGGGUGGCUUACAGGGUAGGGAAGUUCCCCAUGAUGGGAAACAGCAGGGCCAAGUCCAUUGAUGAUGCGGAAGGGCUGGUGAAAGUGAUAGCUGAAAAAGAAACGGACAAGAUUCUUGGGGUUCAUAUCAUGGCAUCCAACGCUGGAGAGUUGAUCCACGAGGCUGCUUUGGCGAUAAGUUAUGAUGCAUCGAGUGAGGAUAUUGCGCGCACAUGCCAUGCUCAUCCUACAUUGAGUGAGGCUUUGAAGGAGGCUGCCAUGGCCACUUAUGAUAAACCCAUUAACAUCUGAUACCAACCAUUUUUUUUUCUUUUGCUUAAUUAAUCAUCAUGUAUUUAAGAUUGUUGUGUCUGUGUUUGUUUUUGUAUCCAAAAUAAAAUCAUAUUCUUGCUGGUUGCA